AUGACCACCACCACGCUGAGCGCGCGCCGCAUCCGGGGAAUCCACCCCAAAGGCGGUGAAACGCAACAAUCACUUCGAGGGAAAGGUUCCAACCUGCCGGAGUACCUGGAACAGCCCGAAGGCCAGGCCGUCAUCGCCUCCGCUCCGAAUCUUCCAGUGCAACUCCUGAUGCUGGAGCAGCGGCGGGCCGGCCGGCGGGUGUCCGAGGCGUUGGCGCUGGAGAAACGCGACCUAAUCCUGGACUCGGGCCGGUCUACGCUCCGGCUGCUCCGGGGCAAGGGCAAUAAAACUAGAGUGGCGCAGCUGCACCCUGAACUGCAAACUGCUCUCAUCACGGCGACCAGUUUUGGGGCCGUGGAACAGGGGCGGUUUAUCGAGACAUCCAGGACGACGGCAUGGCGUUGGGCGCAGGUGGCGGCAGAGUUGGCGAUGCAGCGUGGGCAGUUAGCUUCCAGCCGGCGCGUCGGAACUCACACGCGCCGCCACAGUAAUGCACGGCGCCUGCUGAUGCACGUAAUCCCGAUCAACCACUUGUCCCGGUGGCUGGGCGAUGCCUCAGAUCACACCGACGUUGGUUUACCUGAAAUUUGUGCACGACCCAUCGGGGAGCCUGGCAACGGUCCCACGACAUUUGCCGCAGUCAAAUACUCGUUCGAAUUGAUCAGCUGA